AUGAAAUCAGUGGACAGAAAACUGAUUUUGAAUGUCGCAAAUGAUUAUCCACUUUUUGUGUACGGACAUGGAUGGUCAUCGAUUGAACCAAAUUUAACAUUUAAUCAACAAGAAUUAUCUUGCAGACAAUUGCAAACAGAUGAUAUUUGUUUAGUAUUGACCUACUGUAUUGUAUCUGUUGGAAGAAGGAGUCGUCUAUCCGCUACUAAAUCAUGUACUCAUAAAAUGCCCUUAUUAAAUGAAAACUAUCCUGUAAAUUAUAAAUCACAAUCAACUCCAAAAUCAGUUCCAUUUAUAAAUUAUGAAACCCAAAGUAACAGUUCACCGUUAACUGUUUCAGAAAGAAAAUUCAACAAACACCUCACUCCGGAACCAGUUGAUUAUCAAAAGAUUCCAAUCAAUUUCAAAAUGGAUUCGCAUGACUAUUUAUCCACAGCGUCAUAUUACAAUGAAAAGAACAUUAAACAAAACCAAUAUGACUGUAAUAUGCCUGUAAUGAAAAAACCGAAAUUAGAAUCAGUUUGUAAGGAGACAAUCAAAUCAAAUACAGUGAUAUCACAUCCAUUUUCUGCUUGUAAUUUGGCUAAAUCACCAGAAAAUUUAUAG